AUGCCGGCGAUUCCUACCCUUGCCUCAUUGCUAGAAAUCACUCUUGUGCAUCGUGACAUCCUUGCUUCGCCCCCGAACUCCACUGUGGUUGCAUCUCAGAAGGCCCUUGAGGUUAUCUGCGCCUGGCCGGUCUCUGGCCAAUAUGGUCCGGGGACACGAGCCCUAUACUACAUCCUGAUCGCAGCUUGUGUGGUUGCUCGCAAAGUCGAAUGGAUUCGGAACGCUUGUCUAGCCGCUGUGUUACUUUUCCCCGCUGUUGCAGCUCUCCACGCCAUUGUCCUUGCCGUCCUUCACGUUGAAGGUGCCGUGGACAUGGAUGUGUACGGGGCCUUCCAAUUGUGCGCAAUCGGGAUUCUCACAGCGCCGGCGACCGUGAGAUUAUCUCAAACAUACUUCAACAACCCAGGUCGGGAUAUAAUCUUUAUAUGGACAGUAUUACUACUUGCUGGACUUCUGAGUCUGAUCGUCGAAUUCAUGCGUCUGGAGGGCAUCCCGGUCCCAGGAAACGAGGCCGCAAGUAUCGCCUGGGCUACCAACAAACGUUUUCCAUAUGGCGAUUCUGUCGGUCUCCGAUGUAGCCCCGAAGAUGGCCCAACGUCGAGCCUCCGGGAAGGCUCGACUGACAAUAUCUAUGUGAUCCCCGUACCCGACCAGCUAUCUUUCAAUACAGCCACCCUUUUUGCGGCUGCAUGCUGCAUCCCAGCAAUUUUAUCGCUGGUAUCCAUAGGUAUCAGGAUACUGGAUAAUAACUGGGAGAAGCUAUCGGGCGGAAGGAGAAAACAACAGCCAGAUGAGGCUAUUCGAGGCACCAAUGGUGCUACCGUCAAUCAUAUGACGGCCAUCGGCGAGAAGAUCAAAGAUUGGAUGUCUCUCAUUGAAGUACCGGUGAUGGCAGCAGCAGUUUUAGCAAUUCUCAUCAAAGGUGAGAUGAACUUUUGGAGUGGUCCGGUGUACUAUCAAACGGAACCAAUUACCAGUAUCGGUCAAUGGGCACCGGUGGUUGGUACAGGGCUAGCCGUGCUGGGAUCUUUAUAUCUCCUACUUGCGGCUGAUAUGGACGCCGAGGUGAAAGGCGACAAGCAGCCAGACUGCAAGGAGUGUGCUGGAUCAGGAAGUGCUUCUACUUACAGAAGAGAGUCUGGAUCAAGUUCCGAAGACCAAGGUGUCGGGCAUGAAACCCCAGUGCGCCAACCCACGGUCCUAACACUAUCCGACGAUGUGGGUGGGAGAAGAAAGGUCGCUCGAAUUUUGAACUGGGCAACAGCUAGUAUGGCCGCCAGAGCACAUUCACAGUACGAGAAGACGGGGUUCAAGCGUGAUCAAAGAUCAAACUACCCUGAAACCCCAGGAGAAGGGUGGAGAAAUGCACGACUUGAAGCACAAAGAGCUCAAUACAGAGAGUCGUCGAGAGCAGCAAGUUUUGUGAGCAGCAGAGGAUCACUGGACGAUAACGGCGAAGGAUCUUCUAGGAGUGCACGUAGUCCAAAUCGACGGCACGAAUCAUAUCCUAUUCCAUCCCCUUCGCCCGCAAGAUCUUGCCAUCGCCGAGAUCAUUCAGGAUCACUACCAAGCAGCGAGAUACGUCAUUCUUCGCAUUUAUUUGGUCCACCAUCCCCCGAGACUUUGUCGCGGGAAUGGCCUCGAGGACUGAGUCCCUUCAGUGGAAGGACGCUAAACCGAAGUCGGGCAGAUUCCGGUUCAGAUACUGCAAUCAGUCCAACAACUAUAUCGACACCAUCAUUCUCUCAAGCCCCACCCAAGAUCGUGAUUUCACCAGUCACAAGUGACUGA